AGCCGGAGUAGCUGGUUAUAGGUAUAAAGAGAGGGCUCGGAGAAGGAUGUUCUGGUGAAGAAGCUGCGAUGUAUCCAUCUGUUUAGGGUUACGGGACUCAAAAAACAUGAAGCUGCACCUGUCAUCAGUCCUGCCGAUGGCCGCGGCCACCUUGGCCGUAGCGCAGCAAACCUUCUCGAACCCGGUCCUGUGGCAGGACUUGGCCGAUCUCGAGGUCAUCCGCGUCAACGACACGUACUACUACACGGCUUCGACGAUGCACUACUCCCCCGGCGCCCCUGUACUGAAGAGCUACAACCUCGUCGACUGGGAGUUUGUCGGGAACUCGGUCCCCGAACUCAUCUUUGGAGACGAGUAUUACCUGAACGGCACGUCGCGCGCCUACGUCGGUGGCAUCUGGGCAAGCAGUCUGCAGUAUCGCGAGAGCAACGGCCUCUUCUACUGGUAUGGAUGCAUCCAGUCCGGAGAGAUGAAGACCUGGAUCUUCACGGCUAGCGACCCGGCCGGGCCAUGGACUGCGCAGCCGCCGAUCGACGAGUGUUUCUAUGACUUGGGAGUGUUGGUCGACGACGACGACACCAUGUACGUGGCAUAUGGGAGGUACAACAUCAGCGUUGCCCAGCUUUCUCCCGACGGACUGAAGCCGGUCAGGAACGAGGUUGUUUGGGUUGACCCUGUACGAUACCUGGAAGGCGCCCGCUUCUAUCACAUCGGCUCAAGCUACUACAUCUGGCUGACGAAGCCCGCCGACGGCCAACAUGUGCUGAAAGCAGAUAGCCCGUGGGGGCCGUACACCAACCGCACAGUCCUCGACAGGAUGGCCUCGCCGAUUCCCCACUCGGGGACGCCGCACCAAGGCGGCAUCGUGGACACCCCCGACGGCGACUGGUGGUACAUGUCCUUCCUGGACGCGUAUCCCAGCGGCCGCAUCCCGGUCCUCGCGCCGCUGACCUGGGACGAGGAGGGAUGGCCGCACAUCGUGACGGACGAGGCCGGCGGCUGGGGCAAGACGUACCCGAUGCCCGUCCAGACCGACAAGAAGGUCGACGCCGCCGGCGAGUACACGGACAGCUUCGCCGGCCCCAGGCUCUCGCCCGAGUGGGCGUUCAACCACAACCCCGACAACUCGGCCUGGGAGCUGGGCGCCGGCGGCCUGACGCUCCGCACGGCGACCGUCACCGACGACCUCUACAGCGCGCGCAACACCCUCGCCCACCGCAUCCUGGGCCCGAAGAGCAGCGGCACGUUCCGCCUGAACGUCGGCAACAUGGCGGACGGCGAUGUGGCCGGCGUCUCCAUCUUCCGCGACGAAUCGGCCUACAUCGGCUUCCGGAAGGAGGGCAGUUCCCUGAAGCUCGUUGCCGUCCACGACGUUCUCGCGCCCGAGAGCGCCGGCUGGCAGACCACCUCCAACGGCACCGUCGUGGCCACGGCGAGCGGGUGCAGCGUUGACCUGUCCGGGGUCGCCGACGGGACCUCGGACGUCUACCUGCGGAUCGUCGCGGACCUGCACCCGACCUUCGGGGUUGAGGCGGACAACCCGGCCCAGCUGCUCUACUCCACCGACGGAGAGAACUUCACGCAGCUGGGGCCCGAUUAUUGGUGCCACAACAGAUGGCAGUACUUCUUGGCGUUCCGCUUCGCCGUCUUCAACUAUGCUACCAAGUCCCUGGGCGGUUCCAUCCUUGUGAAGGAGUUCACGCUCAAGUUGGUCGAGUAGGGCCUCCAAACCAAGGUUGGGAUAGUCAAAUUGAACGAUAUGAUUUACCCCAAGCAGAGGCAAACAUUUUCUUUUGAGGUGGUUCCAUGCUCAAACUCCCUCGUCAUCUGAUAGGCCAUGCUGGGAAUCUCUUGCUCGAGACCAGCCCCUCACACUUUCGAGGUGCAAGCCCUUUGUAGAAGAUGUCCAACGUUUCUGCAAGCUCUGCGUCUUAGAUAUCUCGAUAUCUCUCGUUUUAUAUCAUAGAAUCCCCCCCCCCCUUGGCUAAAAGCGGAACAAGUGAAAUCAUUUGACGAGCUUGCCAAAGAUUCAUUUCUGAACUUUUAAUCUGCCAUACCCAACCCAGUAAGAACCGAGCAGCAGGGGCAUUAUCAGAUACGAGACAUCCGUCAAACAUUCCGGGCCGCUAGUCAUA